AUGAUUUUACAUUUAGUUGCUAAUAAACAACAACAACAACUACUACUACAUAGACACAUUAAUCAAGAAAAAGGAGGAGGAGGAGGAGGAGGAGGAGGAGGAGAAGGAGAAGGAGAAGAAGGAGGAGGAGGAGGAGGAGGAGGAGGAGAAGGAGAAGGAGAAGAAGGAGGAGGAGGAAGAGGGGAAGGAGAAGAAGGAGAAGAAGAAGAAGGAAGUAGAGAAGAAGAAACGUCACAAGAUGAUGAGGAAGACGAUAGCAUAUACUCGUCCUGA